UUUUUCAAAACAAGGCAUACCCACCUGUGUUCCAUCCCUCUGUUUCACACAGCCCAGCAUUUUCCUGCUGUGAAGGAGAGACAAAAUGUCCUUCGGUGUCACUCUCAAUGGAUCUGGUCCGUGGGGCUUCCGUCUGCAAGGAGGGAAGGACUUCAACAUGCCUUUGACCAUCUCCAGGAUCACCCCUGGCAGCAAGGCAGCCCAGUCUCAGAUGAGCCAGGGAGAUAUGGUGGUAGCCAUUGACGGCGUCAACACAGAUGGCUUGACCCACCUAGAGGCCCAGAAUAUGAUCAAAUCAGCAAAUUACAACCUGAAUCUUACUCUUCAAAAAUCAAAACGUCCAAUUCCGAUACCAACAAGCACCCCGAGGAUUGAUUCUCCCAUGCCUGUGAUCCCUCAUCAAAAGGUCAUAACCAAUCCCGUGAGCAACCCGGAGUACAUGGAACGUUUCAACCCCAACGUCCUGAAGGAUUCCGCUCUGUCCACGCACAAACCCAUCGAGGUGAAAGGCCCCGGGGGAAAAGCCACCAUCAUUCAUGCCCAAUACAACACCCCCAUCAGCAUGUAUUCUCAAGAUGCUAUCAUGGAUGCCAUUGCAGGCCAAGCCCAGGCCCAAGGUGGUGAAUUUGCUGGUAACCUUCCUGUUAAAGACCCUCAUGUAGACAGUGCCUCUCCAGUCUAUCAGGCUGUGCUUAAAACGCAAAACAAGUCUGAAGAUGAGCUGGAUGAUUGGAGCCGUCGAUCUUCCAACUUGCAGUCAAAGUCCUUCCGAGUCCUUGCUCAGAUGACAGGAACUGAGUACAUGCAAGAUCCAGAUGAGGAUGCCUUGAGAAGAUCAAGGGAGAGGUUUGAAACAGAGCGUAACGGCCCACGUUUUGCCAAACUGCGCAACUGGCAUCACGGCCUCUCCGCGCAAAUCCUUAAUGUCAAGGGUUAACUGUCCUGUGGCUAAGGAGCCCAGCUGGAAGAGGAAUAUAAUAUAAACACCUUUAGCAUAGGAGCAGCCUCCAAAACCUCGAGAAGCUAAAAACAUGACUGUUAUUUGUUUUACAAAUUGUUUUUUUUCCCCCCUUCUAAGUGCUUGCCUUUGUUAUUAUGGUUUCUUUCAUCCUGCCUGUAAGUUCUCAAUUGUAAAAAUGGCUUGAUUUGGCAUAGAUCCCCGAGUCAUUUAAGAGACAAUGUGGCUUGGCUGUUACAAUUUCUGGCUUUUAACCGAUGUAUAUUGAAUGUAUAUUGAGUGAAUAUAUAUAUAUAUAUAUAUCCAGAUUAAAUCUCUAUUGUUAUAGAUUAAAGAAUAUUGGAAUUCAGAAGUUGGGAGAGAAAUGUAUUGUAUCUAGGAUUUGGGUCAAUCCUCUAGAUCUCUUAUUUUGGCAGUUCAUUUAGGUCAAAUUGAUAAAGACAGUUCGUACAGAUAGUCCUUGACUUAUGACGACUUAUAAGUCCUUGACUUAUGAUGAUAGUCCUUGACUUAUGAUGAUAGUCUUUGACUUAUGACGACCUUUCUUGCCACAGUUGUUAAGCUAGUAACAUAGCUGUUAAGUGAAUCUGGCUUCCCCAUUGACUUUGCUUGUCAUAAGGUCACAACAGGUGAUCACAUGAGCUUGAGGUACUGGAACCAUCAUAAGUAUUAACCAGUUGCCAAGUGGCUGAAUUUUGAUCACGUGCCCAUGGGAACGCUGCAACGGUCGUCAGUGUGAAAAAAGGCCAUAAGUCACUUUUUUCCAGUGCCGUUGUACCUUUGAACCGUCAUUAAAUGAACUGUUGUAAGUGGAGAGCCAUCUGUAUUCUGGCUUAAUUCACUUUUUUUUUCCCUUGUAUGUCGGGUGUGUUGAAGAGGCAGGAUUUAUUACGUUCCCCUGACUAUGAGUAGCAGAGUUGGAAGCAGAUAGUUCAGAAGUUCAGAAGCAAAGAGGCACCUUGUAAAGUUGGCCUGAAAGAAAGAGAUAUAAGAUAAUUUGUGCACUGAGUUGUUGACAGCAUGGUGUAACUUUUAGACAGCAUUUCUGCCUUUUGUGUAUUGCAGUUGCUUCGAAAGUCACUUUUUUUUUGUAUAUAGCAGCAUGGUUUUGUCUGAAAUAAAGAAUCUCAAAACAGA